GCAGCACAGGAGCUGCCAAGGGAGAUCGUGUGGCCGCCAUCUCGCGUCGCCACGAAUACACGACAGUCGUUCGUCAUGCCUUGGAUAUAACAGCAAAUCCUCCACGGCACCCGCUUUAUAGAACACAAGAAGCCAGCUGCAAGGACACGAGGAUGUGGACAACCCAGGACGUGCAUUUCUCAGCACCCCGUCAACUGCCAGAAGUGACUCGAACACAGGCCACCAGUGGCACUCGGCUGUACCACUGCAGUGCUGCGGAAAUUACCAGCACCAGCGGCCUUGCAACAGCUGUUUCACAGCAUGUCGGAGACAAUGCCUACGAAAUUAUUGGCCCUGAUGACGAGAGCCCUCAAGGGGCAAACGACAUCUCUGUUGCAGAAGUGAGCCCGAUACCACCUGAAGUUACCAUGACAGGUGGCACGGCAGCAAUAGAUACAGAGACGGCCAUGUCUACUGCAGCUGCAACAGUGUACGAGGCAAGCAGCAGUGUGUCAGCAUCAGCAGCAGUGUCAGAAGGAACCGCACCAGGCCUGGUAGAGCAACAUGUGUGUUAUCACUGUGACUUUUUUGUAGUGCAUACAACUCAUUUGCUCAACAUACAAAAGCUUUUCACCACGACUGUGAGCCAGUGUUCUUGUGCAGCAAGUGCAAGACUAAGUUAAGUGUUGUAACACAGUACAAGCAUCACUUUAAGAUAUGCAAACAUAUUACAGUUGUUGCCUCCCGAGCCAGCCCACAUAGCGACAACAAUGUGGAACACAUGGUGGGGCACACCUCUUCCCCAUUAGAAGAUAGUAGAGACUGUCAGUGUUGUUGCUAGAUUAACUGGUCUUUGUAGGCAACUAGAAGGACAACACAGGUGUCAUAAGAUUGUUGUUUAUGUUGUUGUUGAAGAGGUAAAAUAGAAGUUUGAUGCAGCUGAAGUGCCAACUGAUAUUGAGCAAAUCAAAAACAACCACCUGAGAAAGCAACACUAUUGAAAUUUGGGUAUCUAUGUGCCGCCAACUCUGGUAAGGAUGGCAUAGGACAGAAGUGUGAUGAAAAUCACACAGACACUGCUGUUCCAGCACUGGUCACAGUGAGCAGUGACUUGUAGGGCAAGAGAGUCAACUGAAACGAACAUUAUGGCAUAGUGUCAUGCUCCCAUGUGACCACUAUCCAUGUUAUAUUGCAUGAUACAGCUCAACCUUCAG